CUUACUGUAUUUCUUUUUUUCUUUCUCUACUCAUCCACACUCUUUUGUUUGUUUCAUUGAGAAGGAAGAGCAGCUCUGAAUACUGUUCCCGGUGCCAGUCUUGUUGUGUUCUACAUGACUGUGUGUGUGUGGUGCUUUCACAGUUUCUUUUCUAUAAUGUGAAAUGGGGUGUUGUCAGACAAGCCUUUGAGCUCAAGAGAAGGAGGGAAAAAAAUGAUUGCUUUUAUUAGCAAUUUGUUGGGUUUUUUCUUUGGCUUCACUCGUCUGAGAUCUGAAGUGGGGUAUGGCCGUUUACCAUGGGAACGUGCACUUUUAUUGACUUGGAGUGCAAGUGUUUGUGAAAAUGCUGUCUGUCUGUAAGGAUGCUCUUUUCUUGAUUAUCAUAUGCCUCGGCCGGGGAAUUGGCCCGUAUUAGAUUGCGUGUCUGUUCAAAUUGGAUCAGAGGAGGCGUAUCUAUCAAUGAGACCGGACUGAGUAGAGAUGGAAUUAGACUUCGACAAGUACCGUCUUGUAGAUAGAAGUCCUACAACUGUCCUACCACCUCCUCGGAGCAGAAAAUCAAGUGGAAAGCCCAAAUAUGGAAAUGAUAUACCGACCCUCAGUGAUGAAGACUUGAUCGAAAUUAACUUUAGUCCUUACCAUAGUGCAUCAUGCAGAGAUGUUCAAUCCCAAAGUUCGAGGGGUUCGGUCUAUCAAAGUUCUGAAGAAGUGAGGCUGCUGCAGAAAACUGAUGCUGUUGUUAGAAGGAAAAAGAUUGAGUUCUCUCGAGAAACUGCUUCUGUAUUCUCAUUUGGAAUUAUUGAUUCGUUAUGUUGUUCGGAUGAAGAUAGCUCACUAGUGGAACACAACAGGCCCUCAGUAGUGUCUCUCUCCGAACAAAGUACAACUUCAGUUUGUGAAAACCAUAUAGAAUUGCGUUCUCGGGAUUCCAUGACAUCAUCUCAAUCUGUGACUGCUCCUAUAAAUGAAGCUAACAGCCUGGAAGAAAGAGAUAUGACUGUCAAUUUGCAGAAGUCAUUAUCAGCAAGAUUAGCUUUGCCGCAUUCACCUGCUAAAUCAGAGAGCGUUGGCUCAAGAGCCAGCAGUCUGAAGCCCCGGUUUCGCCCUGUCAGAAAGAUGUUUGACCCUUUUGUUAAAUCCAAGUCCCACAGAAAUCUGUUGAGUAGUUCUAUUGAAGCUGGUUGUGGAACGGGAAGCGGGCUUACUGGCAUUGACAGCAAAAAGACAAUUUGCAAAUCGCUGCUGAAUGAUUUGUCGGACAAGUCAUGUCGUGUGGAAUACGAUUAUCAUUGUGAAGAGAAAGAGAACCAUAAUUCAGUUCCGUGGUACUCUCCUGCACACCUGCAUGGCCUUCUCAAGUUGGGAAAUAAGCGUGGGGUGCCAUUCUUCGAGUUUUCAGUGAAAUCACCAGAAGAUGUUUAUGUUGCAAAGACAUGGAAAGUAAAAGAUGCUUUAACUGGGGUCUACACCUUCCAUUCUCUUCGUCAUAGAAGACAGAGUAGUGCUAGUGGAUGGGGAUUUAAAGACAGCAACCUAGAAUCAUCUCCGCUGGGACAGAUGCAAGUUUCGUGUCGUCUGUGUACGGAAUCUGAAGGUGCAGGAGAGUUGAAUGAUUCUAUGGUGACAGAGUUUGUUUUGUAUGAUAUUCUUCAUUCAAGAAAAAGUACUUCCUCUCAAGAUAAUUCUAGUAGUUCACCUGAUGACAUUAAAGCACCCGUGGUUUCUGAUGAGAUUUUAUCUUGGGGGAAUUGUGAGCCAAACGAAAUAUUAGCUAAGACGAAGAGUAAAGGUCAACUUAAUCAUUCCCGUCAGAGUAGUCGCUUUGAAUUAUCAGCUUGUCAACCUCUUGCAGCAACAGAUUUACGUCCAGAGCUAGAAAUUGCAGCCAUUGUUAUGCAAGCCCCAUCUGAAAAGAGAGAGAGUCUGAAAUUUAAUAGUGGAGAUAAGAAGAUAGACGAGAAAUUUCCAGACUCUCUAGAUCUUUGUCAGCUUGGUAAGGCAAAGGACGGCAGCUCUAACAAUUCAAAUCAUGGGAAGAUGCAUGUCGUAAUCCCAGCUGGGAACCACAGUUUGCCAAUUACUGAAAGUCAUGGCCCUUCACGGUUACUAGAUAGAUGGAGGUUAGGUGGAGGAUGUGAUUGUGGUGGCUGGGACAUGGCGUGCCCUCUCAGCGUUUUUAGCAAUCCAAAUGUUGAGAAUGCAGAUGGCCAGCCCCUGAUGGACAAUCAGAAUCCAAUGGAACUCUUCUUUCAGGGACGAAAAGAUGACAUACCGGCAUUUACCAUGCGGAUGAUCGAGGAUGGGAAAUAUGCAGUUGAUUUCCACGCACAGUUAUCUUCACUGCAAGCAUUCUCCAUCUGCAUUGCUAUUUUGCACACUGCUGACGCCUCCACGGUAACCAGGCAGGAGAGAAGAAAACAAAUCUUGCAAAGUGGUUCCCUGAGGGUACUUGCUGAGGAGGAAGUUAAAAAUACAAUAGAUGCAAUAGCAGAGGAAGAGAAACCUAUAGUUAACAAGAAGACGGAAGAAAUCCUGCCUUUUUUCGUAAUCAAUCCACCGUUCUCUCCAAUUGCUCGAGUAUAGUGCUGCAAUGCUGACAGAUUCUUGAACACCACAAGUUGAUCCUACCAAGUUGAAACCCUUCAAGGGCAAGCUCAAGAUUGCAUCAAAGACUGGUGGAAAUAAUUGAAAGGCCGAAAAAAGCAACCAGCAUCGUUCAUACGAGCAUUCAUGUAAAUAAAAGUGCAGACGGUCGACGUCUAGCUCUUGUCCAGCUUCGCUGCAUUGGAGGUGGCAAAACCUUUUCUCCUGGUACAUUAAUUUUCUAUUUUAAUAGCUAAAUUCCAAGAAACACCAAAGUGUUGAUAUUCUUGUUACACUAUACAGAUUAGAGAGGAAUAUAUAGAGGUUGGCAAUCGUUGUUGACGAGUAGUUGUUCUUUCUUUUUUGAGGCAUGUAUUCUUUAUGUAAUUUAAGGUGUUGAAGGGGAGUAUAUCCUGAAAACCCAGAUUUCACAUUGUACCUAUAUACCAUAAAUGAAAGGGAUAAUUACACUUC